AUGAUAUUAAUUCUAAUUGCUAUUAUUAUUGAAAUUGCUAUAUUUGUCAUAUGUAAGAAACGAAAAGCAUGUUCUACUGAUAUUGGGACAAUCACGAACCAAAAAACAUUCCGCGAUGUUGGUGUACAAACCAACGACGACUUUUUUGAAGAAUAUUCAUUGUUACCAAGUGAGAAUAAAAGCCAUGAUAGUAGUACAGCUAAUUUGGGCACUUGUAUGGAUCAAAAAGACGAGUUACCGCCUAAAACAAAUGUUAAUGAUAAUGCCAAAUCUUUAAAAGACAAUGAUGCUAAUGCUAAAGAUUCAAAUUAUCAAGAAGCUGCCGAUUUUGAAAAUAAACCAGAUCCUAGUGUUGAUGUUGCAAAAAUUAAUGAUCCCAAGAAUGUCUCAUUGCAAGAAAUCCAUGAUGAACCUGUUGAUAUUUCUGAUUAUGAAGAAUCUCGUAUGGAUAAUGAUAAUAUUGAACCCGAAUCCGAAACAGUUGGUGGCGAUGUUGCAAAAAUUAAUGAUACCAAAAGCGCUAGAUCACAUGAAAAUCAUGAUCAAUAUGUUGGCUUUAGCUCUGAUUAUAAAAAACCUUGGAUGAAUAAAGAUAUUGGACCUAAAUCCGAAACAGUUAGUUGUGAUCAUCAACAACAGAUCUCAAAUUAUCCAAUUACCGAUGAUAGUAAUUUUGAUUGGUGCAAUGAGGCUUCUAGAAGUGUUACAUUUCAAGAAGCUUAUGACAACAGACUUAAUAAAUUAGAUAACAAUGUUUGGGAAUCAAACAAUGAAUAUGAUGAUAAAAACAAUCAUUGGCUAACGAAAGCUUCUAUGUUCGGAGAAGAAUUGAAAAAUUCUACAAAUAACUAUUAUAGAAUUAGAAAUGAUAGACCUCAAAGUAAAGGCAAAGCUCCCAUUUAUACUUCACAAAGGAACAAUUCACAACCGCAACAAUGCAAUCAACACUAUAGCAGCACCAGUGGAAAUUAUUAUAAUGGCGGAUAUCCUGAAGACAAAGAUAAUGGUGAAGAGUUCACAUAUACUGGCAGUGGUGGGAGAGAUUUGAAAACUGGUAAUAAACGAACUGCUGAGCAAUCAAGUGAUCAAGAACUUACAAAACAAAAUGAAGCGCUUGCAUUAACAUGUGACGCACCAAUUAAUAAAAAUGAAGGUGCUGAAGCAAAAGAUUGGACAAAAAGUAAACCAAUUAGAGUUUGUCGUACAGAUAAAUUGAAAAAACAUAAUCCACAAUAUGCACCUGAUGAAGGAGUUCGUUAUGAUGGAAUCUACAAAGUAGUCAAGGAAGCAUUCCAAAAGUCCAAAAGAUAUCCUUACACUAUGAGUGACUUAGAAUAUUUAUCUGAAAAAACUAGUUUGUUUUUAUUAAACUAUUUUCAACAGAUAUAUAAAAACCUUGGUCUUCUUGGUGGUUCUGUCAAAAUAGGAGAAAAGAGAAAACGAAAAUCAAAAAUUAAUCAAUAUAAACUUGCAUCUCUUGAACUAGAAGUAGAUUUAAUGUGUCUUCCCAUUGGUUUUAGCACAGGAUCUCCCCCCAAAAUGGAAUGUAUCACACAAUCUGUGAAUCACUAUGGUAGAAAAUGCCCAGAAUGCCGAACCGAAUUCAAGGAGGAUUUAAAAUUUACUAAAAAUCAAAAUUUGGUUGAUACGCUAAAAAGUAUUAUACCAACUUAUGAUCCACAGACUACAAAACGACAAAUAGAAGCAUUUAUUUUCUCUACACAUUCACCACCUGGAUUUCAUUCUCCUAUUGGGCCUCAUCAUAAUCAAGAUGAAUGA